ACAAAACACAAAACACAGAUAAUGAAUGAAUUGAAAACUCGUCCCGUUUGGACUUGAUGUCAGAUCAACUUUUCUACAAGUGAAAAAAUAUGGAGAAACAUAGUGCCAAAACUGCCAUACAUGCUUGACUAGUCUCACUUGCAACAUUCUUCUCCAUUUCUCUUUUUCAAUUUCGAACCCCCAAAGAAUCUCUCUCACAAUAAACCCCCUCCCCAAACACUUGUGGUCCAUAACCAAUCGUACAACUUCAACGAUGGAAGAUGGUUUAUAAUAAUAGCCACGCCCCAGAUACUUUCUCAAAGUGCUCGAGCUCGGCUAGCUCUUCUUUGGCAUGUUUUUCUCUUUUGUUGGUUUCUUUCGAAUGGAAGCCGGAACGCUCGAAGCUAGCAACUGCGAUAUUGUUAGCUGGUUCGAUCGCGUGUCGACGAACGCCGGCGUUGCCCAAAGGGAGACGCUUCGUCGGAUCAUCGAGCUGAACCACGGAGUCGAGUACUUGAAAGAAUGGCUCGGGGACAUCGAUGCGAAGGAGAUGGAUGCAUGUGAGAUCGAAUCGCUUUACACUUCUUUAGUGCCUUUGGUUUCUCAUGCGGAUUUGGAGCCUUAUAUUCGACGGAUUGCGGAUGGGGAUAUCUCUCCUAUUCUCACCCAACACCCUAUUACCACUCUCUCUCUGAGCUCCGGCACCACCGAAGGUCGACAAAAGUUCGUACCCUUUACUCGCCAUAGUUCGCAGACAACCCUGCAGAUUUUCAGAUUAGCAGCAGCUUAUAGAUCAAGGGUGUAUCCGACACGAGAUGGGGGAAGAAUCUUGGAGUUCAUAUACAGCAGCAAAAGGUUCAAGACAAAGGGAGGAUUAACCGCGGGGACGGCGACGACGCACUAUUACGCCAGCGAAGAUUUCAAGAUCAAACAAGAGAAAACAAAGGCAUUCACAUGCAGUCCCCAUGAAGUGAUUUCUAGCGGAGACUAUAAGCAAACGACGUACUGUCAUCUCUUGCUCGGCCUCUUCUUUCGCGACGAAGUCGAGUUCAUUACAUCGACCUUUGCAUACAGCAUAGUCCAAGCCUUCGUCUCAUUCGAAGAGCUAUGGAAAGAAAUAUGCAAAGACAUCAAAGAAGGAAACGUUAGUUCGAGGAUAACGUUACCGAAGAUGCGAAAAGCUGUUUUAGAUAUCGUUAAACCGAACCCAAUUUUGGCUUCGAAAAUCAAAGCCGUAUGUGAGGAUUUACAAGGUUCUGAUUGGUAUGGUUUGGUACCUAAACUAUGGCCUAAUGCUAAAUAUGUCUACUCCAUAAUGACUGGCUCCAUGCAACCAUACUUGAAGAAGCUAAGGCACCAUGCUGGUUCAUUGCCGCUAGUGAGCGCCGACUACGGUUCGACCGAGAGUUGGAUCGGCGUUAACUUGGAUCCUUCUCUGCCACCUGAAAACGUCACUUUCUCCGUAAUGCCGACUUUUUCUUAUUUCGAGUUCAUCCCUCUUUAUAGACAGAAUCAAGAUUCGAGUUCGGGCAGCGUUGAUUUCAUUGAAGAUGAACCUGUUCCACUGUCACAAGUCAAGGUUGGACAAGAAUAUGAGAUUGUCCUCACUACUUUUACUGGGCUAUACCGAUAUCGACUAGGGGAUGUGGUGGAAGUGAGCGGAUUUCACAACGGAACACCAAAGCUGAAUUUCAUAUGCAGGAGGAAGCUAAUAUUGGCUGUUAACAUCGACAAAAACACCGAGAAGGACCUUCAGUUAGUGGUCGAGAGAGGGUCCGAGCUGCUAAGCAAUCACCGAGCCGAGCUCGUCGAUUUCACGAGCAGCGCCGAAGUCGUGCGUCAGCCGGGACACUACGUAAUCUAUUGGGAGAUCAAAGGCGAAGUCGAGGAGAGUGUUCUUUUCGAGUGCUGCAGGGAGAUGGACGCCUCGUUCGUCGAUCAUGGCUACGUCGUGUCGAGGCGGACCAACUCGAUCGGACCCUUGGAGCUCUGCAUCGUCGAGAGAGGCACUUUCAAGAAGAUCUUGGAUCAUUUCAUAGGGAACGGGGCGGCGCUCAGCCAAUUCAAGACACCACGGUGUACCAGCGACCGGAUGUUGCUUAGAAUACUCGAUCUUUGCACCGUUAAGAGGGUUCGAAGCACAGCUUACGGUUAAAACUGUUAACAGACAUGUUUGGUUUCAUUACAAUCUAGCUAUUUCCAAGUCAAAAUCACAAUUAUUAUAAAAA